AUGUUUGAGCAGAAAAUUGGAGCUGAGCCUUCUGCCCAGGAGCAUUACAAUAAUGUUCAUCGAGUGUUGCAACGCCACCAGCUCGUUGAUGAACAGUGUUGCAACGCUGGGAUGCAGCUUCAUGAUGCUGUUCAUCCCAAAGCAAUGUCAAAUUCAAUUCUACAACUGCUCGCUUCUGACAAGUUUAACGGAGAAGGAUAUUCAAACUGGAAAUCCAACAUUAAUACGAUAUUAGUUGUGGUUGAUUUGAGGUUUGUGUUGAUGAAGGAAUGUCAUUUGAUUCCUAAUACAACAGCGAACCGAAAUGUUCGAGACAUCUAUGAUCAGUGGGUUAUGGCUAACGAAAAAUCCAGGGCUUAUAUCUUAGCAAGUAUAUUCGAUGUACUUAAUAAGAAAUAUGAGGUAAUGCCCACUACCUGUGAGAUAAUGGUGUCGCUCCAAGAGAUGUUUGGGCAACCGUCAUCCUCUGUUCGGCAUGAAGCCAUUAAGUAUGUUUAUAGUACUCACAUAAAAGUUGGUACCAAUGUUAGAGAACAUGUUCUCAAUAUGAUGGUCCAUUUUAAUAUUGUUGCGGCUCAUAGGGCAAUGAUAGAUGAAAUCAGUCAAAUCAGUAUGAUAUUAUAA